GUUGAGGGUGGUGUUUAGGAGAAGAAAGUUUUGGAACUGAAUUGCUAUUAGGUACAAUUUUCCUGUCUGUCCUGUGUGUCCUGAAAAUCUUGGCCCAAAGUAAAACUGAAUAAUGCGAAGCUUUCAGUUCCUAGUUUUGGUCGCCGUUGCCUUGAGUUUGGUGAUCGGUACGGAAGGCUUAAGAAGGAGGAAACACAAGAGAGAUGAGUACGAAAGUCUAAAAUCAGCAGAAGAAGAUGAAGAGGCGAACGAAGAUUUCGAUGAGCUCGAUCCGUGCCAAUGCGGAGUCUUCAUGUCGCAGCAGGUCGGCCUGAAGGAGGGUCGUAGAGGCCGGCCGAGAGGACCGCCCCAGGGCGAGCCGGUGGUCACUUAUGACACGGAGGAGCCCAGCUUGCCCUGCGGCUUGGGAGGGUUCAAGAAUUGCGUUACUAAAUGCCUGGAUGUGAUCCUGAAGUACCUUCCUCGCGCUGGACCGGUCAUUUGCGGAGCAGUGGAGCGCGACAUUCAUAGAGAGAAGGCGUUCCUUUUCAUCAGGAACUGCGGGGGAGAGUGGACUCCAACUAGCUUCUCUGCAGGCAAGGAGUUCUGCUGCACUGAUGGCCAGCAUCAUAAGUGUUGAUUCUUAAGUAUGAUUUUCAUGCCUUAAAAGAAAAAAAAGUGACGCGGCCGAUUUGAAUUUGACAUGUUCUAUUUUUAAAACUUUUAAUUUAAAGAGUUGAAUAAUUAAUAGAU